ACUUCCGCCCCUUUAAUGACGGCUGUCGGCGACGGACCCUCCAAAGGGCGUUUCCGGUGCGAGGCGGAUGUGGCCGAGAGGAGCCGAAGGUUGAGAGCGGGAGUUACGCGAGCCAUGGAGGAGGUUCAGCGGCGGCAUCCGCGACGAUCUCUGAAGAAACUAAGCGAGGACAGCCUGACCAAGCAGCCAGAGGAAGUCUUUGAUGUGCUGGAGAAACUUGGUGAAGGGUCCUAUGGCAGUGUGUUCAAAGCAAUCCACAAGGAGUCAGGCCAAGUGGUGGCAAUCAAACAGGUCCCGGUAGAAUCAGACUUGCAGGAGAUUAUCAAAGAGAUCUCCAUUAUGCAGCAGUGUGAUAGUCCUCAUGUGGUAAAGUACUAUGGAAGCUAUUUCAAGAAUACAGAUCUGUGGAUCGUCAUGGAAUACUGUGGAGCCGGUUCAGUGUCAGAUCUUAUUCGGAUAAGGAAUAAAACGCUAACAGAGGAUGAGAUUGCCACAAUCUUACAAUCCACGUUAAAAGGGUUGGAAUAUCUACACUUCAUGAGAAAGAUCCACAGGGACAUCAAAGCUGGAAACAUCUUGCUGAACAACGAGGGGCAUGCUAAACUGGCGGAUUUUGGAGUUGCGGGUCAGCUUACUGAUACAAUGGCCAAGAGGAACACAGUGAUUGGGACUCCAUUCUGGAUGGCACCCGAAGUGAUCCAGGAAAUCGGUUACAAUUGCGUGGCGGACAUCUGGUCAUUGGGGAUUUCAGCGAUAGAGAUGGCUGAAGGGAAGCCCCCGUACGCGGACAUUCAUCCAAUGAGGGCUAUUUUCAUGAUUCCAACAAACCCACCACCAACAUUCCGGAAACCAGAACUCUGGUCAGAUGAAUUUACAGAUUUCGUGAAGCAGUGUUUAGUUAAAAACCCAGAGCAAAGAGCUGCUGCUACACAGCUCCUACAGCAUCCAUUCAUUAAAAGUGCCAAACCUGUGUCAAUCUUGCGGGACCUGAUCAACGACAUGAUGGAAAUUAAACUGAAGCACAAAGAGGCACAGCAGCGGGACAUAGACCAGGAUGAUGACGAGAACUCGGAAGAAGAAGACAGUGAUUCGGGCACCAUGGUGAGAGCAAGUGCCGACGACACAGGGACCAUGAGAGCUGCCAGCACGAUGAGUGACGGUGCCCGGACAAUGAUCGAGCACGAGAGCGACACUCUGGACUCUCAGAUGGGGACCAUGGUGAUCAACAGUGAAGACAGUGAAGUAGACGGAACAAUGAAACAGAAAGAUGAGACGAUACAGCAGAGUAAACCGUCCUUCCUGGAGUACUUUGAGCAGAAGGAAAAAGAGAAUCAAGCCAACAGCCACAGUAAUCGAAACGCAGUUCAGGGCUCAUCUGAUAACUGGAAGGUGCCACAGGAUGGUGACUUUGAAUUUUUAAAAAGCUGGACCGUUGAAGAAUUGCAGAGGAGACUCGCAUCACUGGACCCCACGAUGGAGCAGGAGAUCGAAGAGAUUCGCCAGCGCUAUCAGGCCAAGAGGCAGCCCAUCCUGGAUGCCAUCGAUGCCAAAAAACGACGGCAGCAGAACUUCUGAGACUCUCCCGGGAGUUCCCACCAGCGGGGCAAUGGGUUGAACCCGCUCAAGGCUCUGUGAAGAAGCAUUGUCUCCAAAGCACACAUGCACACACAUUCAUACACACUUACACAGCAUACAUAGCACACGAUCCUUACUGUUACUUUGCACAUACAGGUACACACACACUUAGGGGGAGUAUACAGAUUUGCACUCAUUCCCUGUCCCUCUCCCCCUCCCCCUCUUCCUCCACCCUCCAUCCUUCUCUCUCUCUCCCCCUCCCUCCCUCCAGAUAUUCUUUUUAUAUGUCUCUGUAUCUCUCUCUAUAUCUCCCCCCCCCCCCACUUCGUCUCUCUCUCAAACAUAGACUCUCACACAGACACAACAAAACAGCUCUCUUACCAUGGACUAAUAGGCACGUUGCCCCCUCUAACCUCAGGAGUCUUGCUUAUGGUUAAGUGGCUUUUAAGGAGCCACCACCAGGAUGAACAUUGUUUUUAUUUUAUUUUUUAAAAACUAUUUUUCUAAGAUUUUUUUUCCGGAAGCCAUCAUCAUUCUGAGAAACCUUAAGCUGUCUAUUUUAAACGAGAGGAGCUCCCCAGAUUAACACUUCUCAACAAAGCUACUGUAUAUCAAGGCUUCGGGCCUAUCCCCAGUCUCCGCUCACCCCUACCUAACCACUAAAGGUUGACUUUGAACUAUGAUGGAACAUCUAUCUCCAAGACAUGAAAUGACCUGGAACAUAAGGAAUUGCGUUCACAGAAAUAUUCUGCUCUGUUUCUCUCCAGUUUCCUCUCUUGAAGUACUGUACUUUACAGUGCCCUCCACAACCAGAAGGCCCAGUGAUCUCUGCUAUUGUAAAUGCUCGAACUGAGACUAAGGCACCAACUAACUUUUGUUAACAUUUUUAUCUCUUAAAAUUUUGUUUCUUACAGCUUUUGCAGCUUUGUAAUUUGUUCUAUCAAAAUAACGAGGUGGUUUUGACAGGUGAACUUGCUGCAUAACAUUAGGAUGAGCCAAUGAAAUGUUUCUGAGAUUGCAGUUUCUUUACUCGUAGUACACCUUGCAGCCAGCUUGUUCCCUGCAACAAAAAUAUCUGUGGAGGUUUAAAAAACUCAGCGGGUUAAUCAGCAUAUUUGGGGGUGAGGGAAUUAACUAUGCAUCAGUCCCCAAUCAGCUCCCACAACGAUCAAUGAAAUAAUAUUCUAAUGUCAGGUUCUUUUUAGAGAGAGAGAGGUUGAUAAAGAAACAAGCAUUGAUCAUGGCACCAGCGGAGAUCUCACCUGCUCUGAGACCGUAGACUUAGGAGCAGAAAUAGGCAAUUCGGCCCAUCGAAUCUGCUCUGUCAUUCCAUCAUGGCUGAUUUAAUAUCACUCUCAGCCUUGUUCUCUUGCCAUCUCCCCGUGACCUUUGACAUGCUUACCUAUCAACCUCUGCUUUAAGUAUACCCAAUGACUUGGCCUGCACAACCGUCUGUGGCAAUGGAGGCGUGGAAUGGCAGCAUUACCCAGAUUCAAUUCCCACUGCUGCCUGUAAGAUGUUUGUACUUUCUUCCCUGUGACCGCGUGGGUUUCCUGCAGGUACUUCAGUUUCCUCCCACAGUCCAAAGAUGUACCAGUUGGUAGGUUAAUUGGUCAUUGUAAAUUGCCCUAUGAUUAGGCUAGGGUUAAAUCGGGGGUUGCUGGACAGCACGGCUCAAAGGGCCGGAAGGGCCUGUUCUGUGCUGUAUCUCAAUAAAAUUCCUCAGGUUCGCCACCCUCUCGCUUUCUAUUUCUCAUUGUUGUCGUCUUUCAGAUGAGUUUCAUAGGACCUUUUAUCUUUAGCUGACAGAGCAGAUGGGGCCACAGCUUAAUGCUGACCUGAUAAUGUGGCACACACGGAAGUUUUACCCUGGCUGUUAUGCCUGCAUUAUGCAUUAAGACUCGAACUUAAGACCAUUUCAUUCUGAAUGAGACUGCUGGCACCUUUACAAAGUGGCAUUUCUGGACUGGCAUCCAUGUCAUGCCAAACCUUUCAGUUCAAAUAUUACACACACAGGAGCUCAUCAGGUCAUGGAGAGGAAUAAACAGUCGACAUUUCAGACCGAGGCCCUUCAUCAGGACUGGAAAGGAAGCCAGAAUAAGCAGGUGGGGGGAGGGGGAGUACAAGCUGGCAGGUGAGAGGUGAUACCAAGAGAGGGAAAACACCAUAUUCUGCAGAUUCUGGAAAUCAAAGUUCAAAGUAAACUUACUUCGAAGUAAGCGUACAUUUUCUUGAGCUACGCACAAAAUGCUGGAGGAAUUUAGUAGAUCAGGUAGCAUCUGUGGAGGGUGGGGACCAAACAGUAAAUAAUUUGAGCCAAGGAUCUUCCUCAGGACGCCCCUCCUGAAAUGCCUACUGUUUGUUCCUCUCCACGGGGGCUGUCCUGACCUCCUGAGUUCCUCCAGGAUUUGUGUGUGUGUGUAUGUUGCUCAAGAUUUCCAGCAUCUGCAAAAAUCUCUUGUGUCCCAAAUAAUUGCAGCGUGUAAAAUGCCCUCAGAUCCUUUGGAUGUUUAAGCAGUUGUUGUUGCUUUUGCUGAUGGUGUUAAAUGCUGCUGUGCUGGCCCUCACUAGGCAUUGCUGUGGUGCCAGUAUCAUCUACUUGAUAUCCACAGCAUUUUCCCUAGUAUGCACUCUUUUACUUAGUCUGUUACUGCUUCGCUUUGGAGCCAGUUGCUCUUUGGUUCUGUAAUUACUCAUGAUCAGACUGCCCUCUAAAUAUAAACUGGUGGAAAUUCAUAGUUUAUUGAAAGUAAUGCUCAGCAAUUUAGAUGGAGCGCAUCAUCAGAAUUCAUUCCUCCGUGAACUCUUGCUGACUAACUUUGUUUCAUACCUUAUUACAGUAUUCACCCUUAAAUGAUCACCCUCCUUAUUAGUGUGAAACUUCUCCAGGCAAUAAGCUUUGAACAUUGUAGAAAUGAUAAUUCGCGCAGUAUUUUGUUUUUUAUUUUGCAGUGUUUAACCAGCAGACGUGGGAUUUAGCACAAAGACAAGAAAAUUUGCUGAAGCUGGGAAUCCAAACAAUGCACACUAAAUGCUAGAGGAACUCAGUAGGUCAGGCAGCGAGUGUGGAGAGGAAUGAACAGUUGACACUUCAGGCCGAGAGCCUUCAUCAGGUUCUGUGAAGAAGCAUUGCUUCCAAAACAUACAUGCAUGCAUACAUUCGUGCACAAACACCACAGGUUCUCACACACAAUUUGCACUGUAACUUUGCACAUGCACUUGAGUGGAAUAUACAGAUUUGCACUCAUUGUGACGCACAGUUACACACAUGCACACAAAGAGAGGAAUAUGCACACUUUCUCUCUCUAUCUCUCACAUAGACCCUCUGGCUCCCUCGGUGGCCCCCCCUUCACUUUCCUCCUCUUACCUCUCUCCCUCUCACUCUUCCUCUUUCUUGCUCUUUUGCCAUCUCUCAUACACGCAUAUACACUCUUUCACACCAGAGAUACGCAUCAAAAUAAAACUGCUCCCAUACCGUGGACUCUUAUGCAGGUGCCUGUCUAACCUUAUCCUUGUGUUCUGAUGAAGGGUCUCUGCCGAGAGUUUAUUCGUCUCUGUAGAUGCUGCCUGCUGAGUUCCUGCAGCAUUUUAUGUGUGUCACUGGAUUUCCAGUGUCAGCAGAAUAUCUUGUGUUGACAGGGUGUCUCUGGGUUGGUUCAGCUGUGUCUUUGCUUGAUGAUAGUGUGUAUCACCUGGCUCACCCAGGGCAGGUGGACAAUACACGACUUGCCUUUACCUCUUUGCAGAUAAAAUUUCACAACCAGAGUGCUUGCUGCUCCUGCAUUUGCAAGAUGCGUCAACGGGUCCAUCCUGCACUUCUCAUGAAGCAGAUCUCAGAUGGAUUAGAACGGCUCUGGUUUCUGUUGCGAGUUGUGCAUUGUGUCGACUCCCUGUGCCCAGAUCCAAUACCUCUCUCCCAUCCAUAAGAUGUCGGAGCAGAGCUAGGUUAUUUGAGCCGAGUCUGCUUCAUGGCCGAUUUGUUAUCCUCUCAGCCCCAUUCUCCUGCCCUCUCCAACAACUGCUGUGAAAUCCACCUGUGGAUGUAAGACCCGUGUACCUCCCACACAGUGUUUUACAGUGGCUGAGUAGCCACCGCAGCCUUGAACAGCACAGUGUAUUAGCAAUGUUGAUAGAGAUGUUUCGGCAGCAGACUGGGAUAUAAUGAUCUGUAAACUUGCCUUAGAAAAUGUACACAAAUUAGCUAAUUGGGAUCCACCCUGGAACAUAUCCACACUUGUUAAAUGUACGGUGUAAAGAAUUUACUCAUCUUGUGAAGAUCUACGCCGUUAUAUUUGAGGUGUGAAAAAGUAGAUUUUCACUGGUGUUUUUCAGUAAACUGGAUUGAAAGUGUUCAAUUUUAAACUGUUUGAGAAAUGCUCAUGAGACAGAAAUGGGCCCAUGUUCCUCUGUUUGUGGCAACCCCAUGCUUGCUUUCUGUAGCUUGUUACAAUGAGAAACUUUGACAUUUUUUCUACCUGAGUCUCUGCACCAUUUUAAACACGAGAUAUUGCAGAGACUUAGAUAAAGAGAAGUAGUUUUGCAGAGGGAUCAAGAACUAGAUGAAGGAUUCCCACAGAGCCUUACCACUAACUGAGGGGUCUGUGGACCCCAGGCUGGGAAUUCUUGAACUAGAGGGAUCGAGGGCACAUAGUGAAGUGACUGGCAAAAGGGGCCAAAAGUGACGCAAGGGUUGUAUUUUAUCUUACACAGCAAGUGGUUGGGUGCCAGGUACAAUCACGGAGGCAACAGUGGUGCUGAAUAAUAGAGUUGUGUAAGAGAAUCUGCAAUACUUUGGGGAUCAAGUGAGACUAGUUGUGAUAAUCUGCAUGAGGUUUCAUUGCAGCCACAGUUCUCACCCUCAUUUGUCUAUAAAGUCCUCUCCUGGAAGAAGAAGAAGCCAUUUUGGUCUUGCAGGAUGUAUCUGAGAGAGGCAAGUCAUUUUUGAAUGGUCCCCCAACACUUGCUGCCUUAUGUUGUCUCCUAACAAAAUGACAUGUCAGAUUGUAAUAAAUAUGCAAAAUAGAGGAUAGAAACAGGAGGAGGUUAUUGUAUAUUCCACUCAGUCAGGGUUGGCCCAUCCUUCACUCCCAAUUACCACUUUCUGUAGUACAGUAACACCUUCGAUCAAAGCAGAUAUUGCCAUCCAAGCAGUUUCUGUGGGAAAAUGCUCUGCAUUCAUGCUUCCUUACAUGUGAAGAAACGUUCCCUGAUUUCAGCAUUCUUUGGAAGGCUCUAAUAUUAAGACUGUUCAUUGUUUGGAAUCCCCUAUGCCACUAAACAACUCUGCUUGACUCCCUACCCAAGGUAGUGUGAGUUAACUCUGUUGUGGCACCAUGUAGUAACACUGCCUGCUCUCGUUACCACCUGGAAUUGUUUUCCCUUGACUAACGAACUUGAGACAGCAGACCUCAAAAGAUAUACGAGGAUUGUAGCAUGUUUGGGAACCGUGAUAAAUUAAGGAAAUUGUUUUAACACCCCGAGUGUCUUGAUGUUCUGUAGGUGGUCCUGUGGAAUCUACUUUCAUUACAUUCUGGACUAGAUUGCAUGUUCCUGGCUGUAACACCGCAAUAACGGAACUUGAUCUCAGUUCUGACGAGCACUCUGACACUCAGGUACUGAAGCCCCCUUGACCUGUGUGAGUGAUGUUGCAAGGACAAUGAGAUUAAAGAGUUUAAUCAUGCAGUAUUUUAUUCAUCUUUCCCCCGGAGUUUUGAAAUUAAUUUCCAAUCUACUGGUGACAGUGAUCCCCAACUUGCACUGUUGUAAAAUCAUGUUUAAUAUAGUUUCUCUUUUAAAACCCAGACACUGUAUAUAUUUGAUCAGUGGUGCUGGGCAUCUACGGAGAGGUAUAAGCAGUCAACAUUUGGGCCAAAACCCUUCAUCUUGUGUUCAGGAAAAUUAAAUUUGCUUAUUUUAUUUUAAGUGAGUACUGCCUGUUUUACUCAGGGCAAAAUAAAAAUGUAAGCUAAGCUGUGAAUUUAACCCAGAAGUCACUUUGGUCUCCACACUCCUCUUAUGAGACAUCAGCCAACAAGUAUGAAAAAGAAAAGCUGUGACAGGCAAAUGGAAAAGUCCACUUCCAACUUACACUAAAGAAUGUGGGUGUUAUUGAGCAGCAUUAUACAGUAUGUGUGCAGAUUUUAUCUGACAUCUUCCUCACGAAAGCCGUGAGCCAUAAAGCAAGAUUUAUAGACAAUAGACAAUAGGUGCAGAAGUAGACCAUUCGGCCCCUUGAGUCUGCACCACCAUUCUAAGAUCAUGGCUGAUCAUUCACUAUUAAUACCCAGUCCCUGCCUUGUCCCCAUAUCCCUUGAUUCCCCUAUCCAUCAGAUAUCUAUCUAGCUCCUUCUUGAAAGCAUCCAGAGAAUUGGCCUCCACCGUCUUCCGAGGCAGUGCAUUCCACACCUCCACAACUCUCUGGGAGAAGAAGCUCUUCCUCAACUCUGUUUUAAAUAACUGACCUCUUAUUCUCAAUCCAUGCCCUCUGGUACUGGACUCUCCCACCAUCUGGAACAUAUUUCCUGCCUCAAUCCUAUCAAAUCUAAUUAUCUUAAACAUUUCAAUCAGAUCCCCUCUCAAUCUCCUCAACUCCAGCGUGUACAAGCCCAAUCUCUCCAAUCUCUCUGCGUAAGACAGCCCUGCCAUCCCAGGAAUCAACCUAGAGAAUCUACGCUGCACUUCCUCAAUUGCCAGAAUGUCCUUCCUUAAACCUGGAGACCAAAACUGUACACAAUAUUCCAGGUGUGGUCUCACCAGGGCCCUGUACAAAUGCCAAAGGACAUCCUUGCUCUUGUACUUAAUUCCCCUUGUAAUAAAGGCCAACAUUCCAUUUGCCCUCUUCACUGCCUGUUGCACUUGCUCAUCCACCUUCAUUGACUGAUGAACUAGGACUCCUAGGUCUCUUUGCAUUUCUCCCUUACCUAACUCUACACCAUUCAGACAAUACUCUGCCCUCUUGUUCCUGCUUCCAAAGUGGAUAACUUCACAUUGAAAGACAUCUGCCAAGUAUCUGCCCACUCACCCAGCCUAUCCAAGUCUCCCUGUAUUCUCCUAAUGUCCUCUUCGCAUGUCACACUGCCACCCAGUUUAGUAUCAUCAGCGAACUUGCUGAUAUAGUUUUCAAUGCCCUCAUCUAAAUCGUUGAUCGGUUUUCAACCGGUGUUAGAAGUGGACUUUCCCAUUGCCUAUUACGGCUUUCCUAUCCAAUGCUUGUAUUCUCAUAGAGUCACAGAACACAACAACUCAGAAACAGACCAUUCAGCCCAUCUAGUCUUGCUGAACUAUUAAUCUGCCUAGUCCCAUUCUCCUAUACCUGGACUAUAGCCCGCCAUAACCUCCCCAUUCAUUAUUUCCACUGGGAGCUCUUUCCACACUCUCACCACCCUCUGAGUGAAGGAGUUUCCCCUCAUUGUUCCCCUUAAACAUUUCACCUUUCACCCCUAACCCAUGACCUCUAGUUCUAGUCUCACCCAACCUCAGUAGUUCAGCCUGCUUGUGGUUAUCCUCAUAAUUUUGUAUACCUCUAUCAGAUCCUCUACGUUGACUCUAACCGGUCACCUGCAAGGAGUGUGGAGACCAGACUGACCUGAUGUUGGGUUAGAUUAGGUACCUCUGUGUUAGUUUUUUGUGGUUAUGAGCAUGUAAAGCCAAGUGCUUUCCUAACAGAGUUAGUUACCUAUUAACUUGAAUUCAUCCUGCAUAACAGAGGUUAUUAUUUGCAAAUGUUUGAGUUACCAGACGAUUUGGGAGAAAGGAGGAAUGAGCCUUUGCUCAGUCUGCCCUUUCUUUAAUCUGUGACCUCAGACUACAGCUACGGCCUCUUCCGCUCAUGGUCAUAUUAUAUUGGUUUGCGACCACUUUUUAAGUGCUAAUCAAAGACUGACUCGAACCUCUUGAGCUUUCUCACCAACACCAAGCAUUGCCUCAACUCAUGGUGGUAGAAGUAGCCCUCUCCCCACCAACGCAAGCACAUACAGUCCCUCAGUGUCUGUCAAGAGUGUUGAUGUGUAUAAGGUAGAGCUGAUUAAAUAAUUUCGUAAAUUAAUGAACGGAGCCUAUAUGUUCUGAUGGGGUUUAUCCAGAAAGUGACAGAACAACUUUAAUAUUAAAGCUGCUCUAAUCAUGGGUGGAUUGAGGAAACAUGACAAGAUCUGUCCCUUCCCCUCAAUUUGCUAUCCAAAUGUCAUUAAAUGUUUCCGGUAUUUUGGGAGCUCAGGGCCUCAAUCUCAGCCCAGGAAGCUCCUCUGUCUGUCUGAUCUGUCCUGCAGCUCAGAAGGAGUUGCACCAAUCUGUUCCUGACAGAUCUCUCCAAGACCUAAAUAUUGAUUUAUUGUUGAAACUGUUUUGAAUGGCCUUUCAGGUCAUGGGCAGCCUCUCAUGACCUGAAAACAGUAACUUCUGUCAGAUUCUUGAUCCAAUUAACCUAAAUCUCUGAGUUCUAGCCCUCCUGAGCCUCCCUGAUGAUUAUGAGCACCUCUAUUAAACCUCCCCUUAGCUUGCAUGCUCUUAAAGGGAUGAUUGUCGCCUCAUGCCUGUUGCAUCACUUGUAAAUUUUCUGUCCAUUGUCUAAGCGACCUUGCUUGCAUGGUACGUGAAGUUGACUGAGCGCCAAACCAUGGGGAAUAAAGACGUACAGGAGCCCUGUAGAGCUCUUCUCACAUUCACUUGUUUAAAAUACCACUAGUGAUUCAAGUUUUGUUACAGGGACUGAAACCUGGAAGAAUUGUGCUGUCAUUCAAAGAGGUUAUUGUGAAUGCAAGUUCAAACUCCCUCAGUUUAUAGGUAAAUUUGGGGUGGGGGGGAGAAGAGAAUGGUAAAUUAAUGUGGGGACCAUUUGAAGAUCGAUUUUCUAAAACUAAUGAGACUUCACUAAUAUUGCAGUCAACUUACAAAAGGCUAAGCUGAUGUUUGAGUCCUUAUCAUGAAAGCACUGAGAUGGAAAGACACAAAUAAUUGGACUUUCCAGUUUAAAGAUUCAAACUGUUGCAAAGAGAUGUAUUGUCACAGCAGGUUCUGAACAUUUGGAUUGGAGAUCAAAUCAGUCUUUUUCCUGUGUGCAUAUUAUAUAAAAUGUUCAAUUUAGAUGUGUAUGUUUGUGGGUGAAGAAAAGUUUGUAAAUUUUACUGUCUUUAAAUUCUGAUUUAAUGUUGCAGCCACUUUGUUCUGUAAACUUUGUUUUACUAUGUUUGACAACAAUAAUGUCAAUUAAAGUAAAUUGUUGG